AUGACAACCACCUCGUCCUUAACAUUUUCCGCGAUGGAAGUUCCUACGAUGGAUGAUACAAUGGAGAUGGCAUCUCCUUACCAGGGGCAUGCAGAUGAUUUUGAUAUCGAUAUCGAUGUAAUGGAGGACCAGGCUUCGAAUGCAGACAGGGAUAUGACGGCCGCGGAUGACUACAUGGAUAACACUCAUGGCGAAAAUCAUGGUCAGGAUGGAUUCCCUGAUGAAGAUAUGAUUGACGAGGUAGCCGAGCCCUCCAUGAUAGACGCCGACGAGUACCCUGAUACAAACCAGAACAUUGAUAUGCAAUUCGAGGAAGGGAAGCCGGAAGACGAAAGUAAAAUAUACGAAGCAGAAAUGUUAGAAGAUGAAUAUGUCGAGGAUAUUGAUGCACCCGUUCUGGAGCACCCGGGCGAAGCUCCUGAAACCCUGGAACCGGAGCACGCAAAGAGUGAAGGUGCCCCAAGAGCCUAUCAAAGCGACAAGGAUCUUCCAGAGAAUGGCUCUGAGAAUCACGCUGAGCCCCAUACCGGGGCGACAGCAAAAGAUUUAGAGGAGUCUCAAUCCGAUUCACGGCCAGACUCUCGCCAAGUUGCGGACCGCCUGGAUGGCGAGCAACCGGCAGAAGAGCCGGAAACAGUUCACGUGGAACCCCAGGAUUCGGAAGAGUUGGCCAAUAAUACUAAUAGAGCAGAACAAACACAACAAGCGGAGCAAGCAGAACCGCAGCCGCUACAUAACAGCAAUGAUCAAGACAACGCCGAGGACCUGCAAAACGGGACCGAUGAGGGAGAACCAGGCCAAACUCAGUCAACCAAUGAUGAAUGCAGAGAAUCAGAAGUCCAGUCACGAGAACAACUACAAGUUUCUGAGACCAAUGACCAGGAAACUGAACAAGACCACGAAUCGACCGACACCUCGCUCCAUCCGGUUAAAGUAUACUAUCAGGACAAUGAGAUCUCGCUGUUUCCCCCAAGGGAAGGUGAUGCUUCGGAAACAUUUUUUCUAGAAGACGAGAGUCUUGCAUACGAAUCUUUUGGUAAACUGUUUGGUGCAUGUCGUGAAGUUCUUAAAAACCACAUUACCGAGAAUGAGGUGUUAGUGAUCGACAUCGAAAUUCUUAACUUUCAGGUGACUGAGGUGAGCCAACCAAUGCUUAUGUUUUAUGUACAACCUGCUGACGAGGGAUAUCAGGAUUCACUGGAGACACAUAACUUCACAUUGAAACAAAUCAUAGAUGUGUACUUGCAACUUUGUCACAAUGAUGGCAUAGUAGAAGCGGAGGCCCUGUAUCUCAAUCUUAGUACGAAACUGACCCUUGCUGCGGAACUAUCAGAACUUUUGAUAGCUGCAAGUGAAGGAAAGGGAUUGUCCGAGAUCCAGUCUUGGGAGAUCUACCCAGACGCAGAAGGGGCUGCAGAAACCGAAGAGACAGUCCAGGAGUCUUAUUCCGAAGAGCAACCUGGCUCCUUGGAGAAGGGAACCAUGGAGAAUAAAAGCAACCACGGAAGCUCCCAGGAGCCCGGUUCGGAUGUCACCUCUCAUGAAGAGGAUGCUUCAAACUCCCCGCAAGGCAACCUGGAAACUGAAGAAAAUCGCAGCGUCGGAAAUGCUGAUGAUGGGAAAGUUACAUUUAAUGCUUCCGAUUUGGAAGAUGGAAAUAAUGCAUCCCCCCAAGCUGCAUCUCAUAACUUAGAGGAACAGAACACAGAUUCUACCGGGACUCUUGAGCCGCUACCCAUAAACGAUCCAUCCGAGGAGCGAUUACAACCCGGAGAAGUCGAUGAACAAUCCCACGGCGAUGAGAACGAUGGCGAGGAUUAUCACGAAGAUGAUGAAGAUGACGAGGAGGCGCACCCUGAAGAGGGGUUUUGGGCCCAAGCCACUGCGUCCGCUGGUGAUCCGGAGGAGCCCGAGGUUGAUGACACCGGGGACCUUGAGGAACAUCCGGCAGAAUAUAAUGACUUGGAAUCAUAUCACCAGCAGCCGCCCUUAGAGGAGGAUGUCAAGACUGAUGUUGCUGAUGCUGCUGAUGCUGCUAGUGAGGAUGACCUCGCUCUGAAACCUCUACCCGAGGAUAGUUCCAACACGACAGAACCGCCCUUGGAUGGCAACUCGCCGGAGAAGUCCGACCAUCAGCACGAGGUAGAUGACUCACCAGGUGUGGCAGACCAUGCAAACAGUCCUGACAGCGGUUCGAAGCCCGUGGACCUCGUCGGAGUCGGCGAGGUAGAUGAGCCGGGUCACCUCGACCAAACCCCUGAAAAUACUGUUUCUUUGCCCGCCAAUGACGACGAGGGAGCCGACCUGCCAUUCGAAGACGAAGAGGAUUACUUGGACCUAGGAAGUGCAAACGAUGCGAAUUCUCUCUAUGAAGACCAGGAAGACGCAUCCAUCAGUCACGUUUCUGGCAAGCGCUUCCGUGAGCCUGAUGACGAAAUUGACUUUCCUCAAAGCAGCACUCCAGAAGUGAAGCGCUCUCGGUCCUCCUAA